AUGGCAAAAGUUCCUGAAACCUGCUGCACUUUCUGUAAGAAGUGUGGCAAGCACCAUCCCCACAAAGUGACGCCGUACAAGAAGGGCCGAGAUUCUCUAUAUGCCCAGGGAAAGUGGUGCUAUGACAGGGAGCAGAGUUCCUAUUGUAGGCAGACUAAGCCAAUUCUCCGGAAAAAGGCUGAAAUGACAAAGAAGAUUGUGCUGAGGCUUGAGUGCACUAAGCCCAGCUGCAGAUCUCAGAGAAUGCUGGCUAUUCAGAGAAGCAAGCAUUUUGAACUGGGAAGAGAUGAGAAGAGAAGGGCUAAGUGA